AUCAAUCUAAAGUUGAAGUCACUACGAAGAAAUAGUAAGUAAAGAAGUUGAAGAUGAUGAAUGGUUUGAGAAGAACGUUUUGGAGUUCGAUUCAUAAAAAGAAAGACAACAACAGAGUCGAUGAUUCACUUGAUCGACAAAAACCAACAACAACUUCAAGAUUCGGGUUUUUCUCUAACCCGUCUACUCCAAGGUCUGAGACCCGACCCGAUUCUGUAACCUGCUCUCCUACCAUUCCUUGUCAGAGUUGGUCUGCUACAGCUAUCUCCACUCCUUCACCGUCUCUUCCCGCUAGUCCCAAGCUUCAAUGCGAUACUUCCGGGGACGUUACUCCGACGAGAAACAGAAGUCCUCUCUCUUUCCUCAGCGUUUCUUCUUCUUCUUCUACACCUUCCUCACCUAAAUCUCCGGCGAGCUUUUCUCUACUCAAAUCAAAACUCUGUUUCACCAAAGUAAGAAUCCUAAAUCGAAACAACCAAGUUAACAUUUUUAAAAAUAACUCAAAGUUAACAUUUUUACGUUUGUGUUAUGAACAGAGUAGCAUCAGUAGUAGCAAAUGUGGAAUUUGUUUACAAAGCGCGAAAGCUGGAAGAGGAACGGCGAUUUUCACGGCGGAAUGUUCACAUACGUUUCAUUUCCCUUGCGUAGCUUCACGCGCCGGUGAUCGGAAUCUACUCUCCGAUUGUCCUGUUUGUGGUGCUUCAUGGAGAGAAACUUCGCUUCUUCCUCUGUCUCUCUCUUCUUCUCUCCACGAAUCUGGAUCCGAAUCCGAUUCCAAGAUCCGAGAAUCAAAGAACAAUAACAAAUCGUUAAGAGUUUACAACGACGACGAGCCUUUGAUUUCAUCUCCAAUCUCUCGUACCGGUUUCAACACUAUACCGGAAUCAAACGAAGACGAAGAAGAAGAAGAUAACGAUGACGGAGAAUUUAAAGGGUUUUACGUUAACACGCCGUCACCGUUAACGACGAAGAAAAUGUUAACGGAUUCCGUUACUGGACACGUGGACGUUAAGCUGUCUUCAGAAGCUGCAAUUGUGGCGGUUGGGAGAGGUAACGAGACGUACUCGGUGCUCAUGAAAAUCAAAUCUCCGUCGUUACCGACGGCGCGUAGAUCUCCGGUGGAUCUUGUAACGGUUAUUGACGUUAGCGGAGGGAAUAUUGAGAUGGUGAAGCGAGCGAUGAGGCAAGUUAUAUCGUCUCUACGAGAAACGGAUCGUUUAUCGAUGGUCUCGUUCUCGUCGAGCUCGAAGCGAUUGACGCCGUUACGGAGAAUGACGGCGAACGGAAGGCGAUUAGCUAGAAGAAUCGUCGACGAUAUUUCCGGUGAUGGCGACGGAAUGAGUGUUAAUGAUGCCGUUAAGAAAGCGGCUAAAGUGAUCGAAGAUCGCCGGCAGAAAAAUCUCUUCACCACCAUCUUCGUGUUAACGGACCGUAAUAGAAACUCGGCCCACCAAGCCCAAUUAGCCCAACCGGAUUUUGUGACUUCCACGCGCUUCUCUCAUUUGGAAAUCCCAACGCACACUAUUUGGCUUGGCGCGUGUAAUCACGCUCUCCCCGAGGACGUGUUUGCCAAACGUAUCAAGAGUCUGUUGAGUUUAUCGGUUCAAGAUCUUACUCUAAAUCUCGGAUUAGUUUCCGGGUCGGGUCAAGGAAAGGUGACAUCAGUUUAUUCACUCUCGGGUCGACCCGUUUGGCUCGGAUCCGGGUUGAUUCGGUUGGGUGACAUGUACGGCGAUGAAGAAAGAGAAGUGUUGGUGGAACUCAAAUCACCUUCGUCUAGUAGAUCCCAGAGAAUCAUGACCGUCCGAUCACGCCACGUGGAUCCUACGACUCAGGAAAUCAAAAACUAUGAAGAUCGCGCGCUAAUGAUACCACGUCCCACGACCGUUAGAUCAUCUGACCCGAGCAUCGCAAGGCUACGAAACCUCCACGUCAGCACACGAGCCGUUGCCGAGUCUCGGCGGUUAGUGGAAGUCAAUGAUUACUCGGGGGCUGAGCGAAUGCUGACAUCAGCUAGAGCCUUGUUGGUGCAAUACGGUUUGAGCUCAAGUGAUUCGUGCUUACGUGGUUUGGAAGCUGAGCUGGCAGAUUUGAACCGUUUGAGAGGUAGACACGUGGCGGUGAAGAGUCCAGAGCCGGUGGUUCAGAAGAGUGAGCCGCUUACACCGACUUCAGCGUGGAGAGCGGCUGAGAGAUUGGCUAAAGUGGCGAUCAUGAGGAAGCAUAUGAAUAGAGUCAGCGACCUCCAUGGAUUCGAAAAUGCUAGAUUUUAGUUUUGUUGUUUCUAUUUUAUUACGAAGUUUUGUAAUGGUGUGAUACAAAGAAAUACAAUGGUAUAUGAAUUUUUUU